AUGACAUUAAAAGCAGUACGUAGAGGACACAGAGGGCAAGUUACAAAGUUAUUCAAGAAAUUCGAUGAGAUUGAAAAGAAUUCGGACUUAGACAAAGACGAUGUGAAACUUAUUUCGGAUGCAGUUGAACAGAAAAAGAAGACUAUCGUGGAUUUGAAUGAAAAGAUAUUGGAUUUAACGUCGGAGGAGGAUGUAGAAGAGGAAAUUCAAGAGUCUGAUGAGUAUAUGUUUAAUUUAGAGUCCAAACUUCGGAAAAUUAGAAAAAUAUAUUCUGAUUCUAUUUCUCAAAAUGUCGCAUCAACGUCUCUAGAUCCAAAUGCAAAUAGCUUUACGCAAUCUUACCCCACAAAUUCAUCGAUUACCAAUGCAAAUGUUAUACGCAGCAAUGAAACUGAAAUUAAUGUACAGCCAACUAAUUUUGAUAACUUCCGCUCCAUGCAAAAUACCCAUCGUGACUUGCAGUCAACAAAUAAUUUGUACAAUCAAGGCUUUUCUUCGGUGUCAAAUAGCAGUCAAAACCACAGAUUACCUAAACUAGAUUUACCGCACUUUGAUGGGGAAAUUUUACAAUGGCAAACCUUUUGGGAUUCCUAUGAAUCAACUAUUCAUUUCAACAGUACUUUGACCGAGAUUCAGAAAUUUAGUUACUUGAAGGCCCAACUCCAUGGCCAUGCCGCCCAAACUAUUGAAGGUUUCGCACUGACAAAUGCCAAUUACACCACUGCCGUUAAUUUGCUCAAAGAUCGUUUUGGAUCGCCUCACAAGAUUAUUCAUGCCUACAUGAAAGCUUUAAUGGAUCUUCCUUCACCGUCAAAUGAUUUAAACAGCCUAAGAAGGUACGGAGACCACCUAGAAACGUACGUAAGAGGUCUUGAAUGUUUGGGUCAAACACAGGAAAUGUAUGGCGCGCUAUUAGUACCUAUAAUUAUUAGUAAACUACCAGUAGAAACGAGAAAAAGUAUUGCCCGUGAAUAUGAUAGCGAUCAUAUAACUCUAAACAACCUCAGAAAAGCCAUCACAAAAGAAGCAAGAAUUCUUGAAGCGGGACAAUUUACCGACCGCGAAGGUUUACAUACUACCGCAACAUUUCUGACCGAAGCUCAGUGUAAAUCGCAGAACCGAUGUAAGAAAUGCAACAAGAAACAUCACACCAGUAUUUGCGGGGAACAAGCUACAGAUGGAAAAGGACAGGACAGCAAGGAGAAAUCAACCGUUGUAAGCUUGGUAAAAACAGAAGAACCAGAAACUGCUGUAAUGCAUACCUCACAACACACAAGCGUUUUAUUGAAAACAGCUAUCGCACCAAUAGCAUACGGGAAACAGAUCACAGAAGCUAGUAUUUUAUUUGACGAAGGUGCCCAACGGUCAUUCAUCACUCAGAGCAUAGCAGACAAAUUACAGAUAAGACCAAGCGGAACGGACACAAUUGAACUGUCAGCUUUUGGAGACAAGGAGAAGAAUAUACGCCAUUUGGAUACAGCAACCGUUCAACUACAAACAGACAAAGGUGAGCUUGUAAACAUUAAUGCAUUGAUUGUUCCAGAUAUUGCAGUCCCACUUCAAAACCAGACGAAAUACUUUACACGCAAUUUGCCAUACUUGAAAAAUUUAAAGCUCGCACAUCCGGCAAAUAACGCUGAUAGCUUUGAAAUUUCACUCUUGAUAGGAGCCGAUUACUAUUGGGAUAUAGUUCAAGAUCACGUGAUAAGAGGGAAUGGACCUACAGCGGUAGCAUCAAAAAUUGGUUACUUGUUAUCUGGACCGGUAAUAAGAAACGGAGAGAAAUCCUUAACUUCAUCAGUUCUUUUGAAUGUUACUUCACAUCAUACAGAGGAAAGCGACAUCGAGAAAUUCUGGAAUCUAGAAUCGUUAGGAAUAUGUUUACCACAAAAGGACGACGAGGAGAGUUUUGUAAAGACUUAUCAACAAGACUGUAUCAAAUUUGAAAACGAACGUUAUUCUGCCAAGUUGCCAUGGAAACUGGAUCAUCCGGACUUACCUUCCAACAUCAUGAUCGCUAAAGCAAGGACCGAAAGCACAACUAGAAGACUAAGUCGUGAACCACAUUUACUACGAAAAUAUUCAGAAAUUAUUGAAGACCAAAUGAAGAGAGGGUUCAUAGAGAAGGUAAACGACGAGAACGACAAUGGUAAAAGCACUCACUAUAUACCACAUCAUGCCGUAAAAAAAGAUUCGACAACAACACCAAUUCGUAUAGUGUACGACUGUAGCUGUAAAAAGUCUCCAGAUCACGCAAGUUUGAAUGACUGCCUAAUGUCAACCCCGCCAGAUUUGAACGACUUGACAAAAAUAUUAAUGGGAUUUAGAACCAAGAAGUACGCAAUAAGCACGGACAUUGAAAAGGCUUUCCUACAUAUUGGAUUAGAUGAGAAAGAUCGAGAUUUUACACGCUUUUUUUGGUUGAGCGACACAGAUAAUCCCAGCAGUACUCUUACAACAUAUCGAUUUAAAUCUAUUUUGUUUGGUGCAACAAGUUCACCGUUCAUCCUAAAUGCAACACUGCUUAAACACUUGGAUGCAUGCAACACAAAUAUCUCAGCGAUGAUGAAGAAUGACCUUUACGUGGAUAACAUUUUGUCCAGUUUGGAAAAUGAAGAUGACGCCGAAAAGUAUUUUGUACAAGCCAGAUCAUUGAUGUCGGAGGCUGGAUUCAACCUUCGUUCAUGGAGUUCAAAUUGCUCAAAACUUACAGAUUUAGCCAAAAAACAUAACGUAUGUGAAAAAGAAACUUUUGUCAAAAUACUUGGACUGAAAUGGGACACAGUUAAAGAUACGAUCACUUUUCAAAAAGUCGACUUAUUUGAUAUUGAACUACCAAAUAUUACGAAACGUGAAAUUCUUAAACAGUCGUCACGUAUUUACGAUCCGCUAGGAUUACUUAGCCCUGUAUCCGUACGAGCAAAGAUUUUAAUGCAGACAUUAAGGGAACAGAAGUUCGAAUGGGAUGAGCCACUACCAUUAGAAAUACAGACAACAUGGAAAAAUUUAGCCAAAGAUUUGGAGAAAACGACUUAUACAGAAUUAAAAAGACCGUAUUUUCCCAAUUUACCAGAUUAG